AUGAUUGCCUGCGCCAUAUUCUGCAACCCAAUACUAGAUCUCAUUAAAGGCGAAUGCUCGGAUGACUGGUACCAAUCGUACAAUCUUUCUAAAGAUGGUUAUCAGAUGUAUGAUGCUGAUAAGAAUAAUGAUCUUUUUGAUACUCUGAUUAAUGACCCAUGUGUGAUCAGAUUGCCAGGUGGUUCUGGUCAGAAUACUGCUCGGAUGUUGGCGGCUUGCCUGAAGGGUGAGUCUGAGGUUGCUUUCGUGGGAUGUGUGGGAGGUCGUAAGACGGCGAGUGGGCCGGAGUUAGAUCCGUACGCGUCAGUGAUGAAGGAGACGGCAGAGAGUAUUCCUGGGCUGCGUUGUUACUACGACGUAAGUGCGGAAGAGCCGACCGGUACAUGCGCUGUGAGUAUUGCGAAAGAAAACCGUUCGUUAUGCACGCGCUUGGGUGCCACGGCUAAGUUGGGCAAACAGUAUGUUGAGUCUCUAGAAAGUGUGUGGCGCACAGCGCAGGUCGUGUGUGUCACAGGCUUCUUUGUAACGGCUGACGGCCCGAGUAUGCGUCGCGUGGCAAGUACUGCCCAUGAGGCCGGCAGGACCUUGGUUCUUACGCUCUCCGCACCCUUCAUUGUAGACAUGUUCACCGCAGACGUUAAAUUUUGUGCCAAGCUGGCCAACAUUCUGAUCGGCAACGAGUCCGAGUGGGAAGCAUUCCGCAACGCAAACGCUUGCAAAACCGUACAAGAUGCCAUGACCUGCUGGACCCUCUCUAACCAAGACACCACCACGGAGUUCGGUCCCAAACGCGACGAGGUCUUAACGACCGGCUCCGAUGUGGACCACCCACCCACAGAACACCCCGUAUCCGCACUCCCGGCUUCCGGACUCCCGGAUACACAGAGCCCGAGCCCGGCGCUGAGACUGGCAGUCUGCACCAGAGGAGAUCAAGAUACCUGGGUCACCCUGCUCACACAAGACGGACCCGUGUCGGCCACGUUCCCGGUGCCGCCGGUGAGCGAUAUCGUCGACACCAAUGGCUGCGGAGACGCCUUUCUCGGCGGCCUGAUCGCCGUGCUGGUCCAAAAGGGCACUGCGCCGGGCAAACAACUCGCGCUGGACGACGUCGCCGAGGCGCUGGGCAAGGCAAACGCGUGUGCACGACUCAUACUCGGUACGAACGGCUUCGAUUUCCGCCCAGAGCAAGUCCAAUGA